UCACAACCUUGAAAAAAUUGUCUGCAAAAAAAAACCAAUGUACUUGUAUCUCUUAUUCCUCUAUGCUACAAGAGUUCAAAGUUGAAACCCAUUAGAGAGAGAGAAAGAGAGAGUAGGUCGAUUCCUUCCUUGAAGUGUCUAUGGCGACCCAUAUUUUUUGUCCUUGUCAAACGAAACUCAAAAAGAAAAGAACCCCUUUUGAUGAAAUAGUUGAUCCUUUUCUUUGUAAUUCAGUUUGAGAUCAAACUUAAUUCCUCUUGCUUUUACUCUUUUGUUUUAGGGACAAUUACAGGCUUAUGAAUCAUACCCACCAAAGAUUAAUUAAUAAGUUUCCAAAUUUCUUUUUCUGAAAAUAAAAUUGGGGAUUUCUUUUUUUGUGAUGAUGGAAUCCGAAAGCAUUGAAACCGUAGUAUCUUCUGAUGUGUUUGAUGAAGAUGCAAUCCCUAGCCGUUCUCACCACCAGUUCGUUUCGGUUCCAAAGUCUCAGAACGGUAGCAACAAUCCGGCCACUACCAGUGUCCACGAGCUUCUUGAAUGCCCUGUCUGCACCAAUUCAAUGUACCCUCCAAUCCACCAGUGUCACAAUGGCCAUACCCUUUGUUCCACUUGUAAAACAAGAGUUCACAAUAGAUGCCCCACGUGUAGACAAGAGCUUGGUGACAUAAGGUGUCUAGCACUAGAGAAGGUAGCUGAAUCACUUGAACUGCCUUGCAAGUACUGCUCUCAUGGUUGCCCUGAGAUAUUCCCCUACUACAGUAAACUCAAACAUGAGUCACUAUGUAAUUUCAGACCGUACAAUUGCCCAUAUGCUGGAUCAGACUGCUCUGUUGUUGGGGACAUACCUUUUCUUGUUGGUCAUCUACGAGAUUAUCAUAAGGUGGACAUGCAUUCUGGCUGCACAUUUAACCAUCGAUACGUGAAGUCUAACCCCCGCGAAGUGGAAAAUGCUACAUGGAUGUUAACUGUCUUUCACUGUUUUGGUCAGUAUUUCUGUCUCCAUUUUGAAGCCUUCCAGCUUGGGAUGGCUCCUGUUUACAUGGCGUUUUUGCGUUUCAUGGGGGAUGAGACAGAAGCACAAAACUACAGUUACAGCCUCGAGGUUGGAGGAAAUGACCGAAAGCUUAUCUGGGAGGGCAACCCUCGAAGCAUCCGGGAUAGCCACAAGAAGGUCAGAGACAGCCAUGAUGGCCUUAUAAUUCAACGAAACAUGGCACUCUUCUUUUCAGGAGGAGACAAGAAAGAACUCAAGUUGCGAGUUACAGGGCGUAUAUGGAAAGAACAGCAGAACCCAGAAAGUGGGAAUUGCAUACCACUCUGCACUUAACCUGGUCUGAAUCUCUCUCUCUCCCAUAUGUGCCAUGAACACUAAAUGUUAUUAGUGAUUCUGGACACGAUUCAUUUGUUUCAUUUACAUUGCUAUGGUAUAUAGUCUGUGAAGCUUCGAGUUUUCCUCACCUGAAAUAUGGAACUUGCCCGUACGAUGCUGUGCAAUUCCAUAUACAUAAAUAUGUAUACGCUUGUGUAUAACAGUGUGGAAGAUGAGUCAAUUUACUGUCAGUAUAAGUAGGUAGUUGAAACACAGGAAAUCUACUGACUCAGAAUAUGAGUCCAUCUUUCCAUGAAAGAAACAGAAGAAAUUUUCGUGGGCAAAACUGCCCCGUUGAAAGUAAGUUUAUUUGUGAAAAUGAUUUCUUAAUAUAAAAGAUAUCAUAUACUUCUUCGCUUCA